UUCACUCCAGUAUAAAAACGGGCGCCGGUGCUUCGAAAUGCAUACACAUUUUGUGGUUUCAGUUCCACGGUUCUCAGUCGUGUAAUUACAAGUAAAAGAAUACACAUCUAAUACGCAAACAUGGAACAACGUUGGGCCGACAAAGUUGCCUUGAUCACUGGAGCUAGCUCUGGCAUCGGCAAGUGCCUAGUAGAAUGCCUCGUUGGCAAAGGAUUGAAAGUUAUUGGCGUUGCUCGCCGAGUUGACAAAAUAAAGGCACUUGCCGAGGAGCUAAAAUCGAAACCUGGAAAACUGUUUCCUCUUCAGUGUGAUCUCUCCAACCAGAAUGCCAUCCUGCGUGUUUUAGAAUGGGCCGAGAAGAACCUAGGAGCCGUAGAUAUCCUUAUCAAUAAUGCCGCUAUUAACAUUGACGUCUCGUUCCAAUCUGGUGAGAUGGAAGACUGGAAGAAAGUCUUCGAUGUAAACUUCCUUGGACUAACUUGCAUGACCAAGGAAGUUCUGAAGUUAAUGAAGAAGAAGGGUAUUGACAACGGUGUCAUUCUAAAUAUUAAUGAUGUUUGUGGAUUGAAAGCAUCAAGUUGUUGUGAUCGUCCGAUGUCCCCAGCUUAUAUAGCGAGUAAAUCUGCUUUGAAUGCCUUGACGGAAAGCCUUAGAUCUGAGUUGGCACAACUUGAAUCUAACAUCAAAGUCAUCUCCAUCUCUCCUGGCUUAGUGGAAACCGAAAUGUCUGUACAAUGGUUAAAAGAGAAUCCUCGCUUAGCUUUGAAACCCAAAGAUGUAUCCGACUGUGUCCUCUUCUCGUUGCAAUGCCCUGACAACGUUCUGAUCAAAGAGCUGGUAGUCACGCCGAUCCGCGAAUCGAUGUAAAAAUAAUAACUGGAUGUCGUUCGUUACUUCACUAAUUGUUUAACA